AUGAGCGAGGCCAACUCGGAGAACAACGAUAGCUUGCGAGGCCUCUCUCAAGAAUCCAACUCGAGCAUGGGUGGUGGAGUAAGUAGCGGACUCUCGGACGAGUCUGGUCACUCUGCAGACGACUAUCAAGGAGACGAUACCGCUGCUAGACGUUCGCUUCGUCAACAGAGCAAGGAGCGGGCUAUUGAGCAUGUUCUCCAGCAGGGCAAGAUCCUUAAGACAGACUUCUACAAGACUUCUGGAUACAUUGCUCCUGUUGCUUUCGCCCAAGUCUUGGCCGUUAUAUCAAGGCGACUGCGGACACGACUAGAGUAUGCGAUCCUGAAGAUCCGUCGAGGGUGGUCCAAAUACACCCUGCAGGAGGUAGAGUCCCUCAUGCAGCCAGGAAUGUCGCCCCGCAUUACCUCCAAGCGACCGCUCGCCGUCCCUACGUCGCCCCGGCACAGCAGCAGGAGACGCCUCCGCAAGGAGUACCCCGAAUACGAGCAACCCUCCGACCUCAUCUCCUCUAGAAGAAACCACCAACAGCAAGAUGCUAUGGAGGAUAUCCUCUCCUCGAGCGACCUUCAAACCAAUCCAACCGACCCUACGACUACAGCAGCAGCAGGAGGAGGAAGACGGUACAAGUCAAGACCAUCAUUCUCACAGUUCAAGGACUCGGAGCUUUUCUUGCCCGCGAAAUCAUUGAUGGACAUUGCGACCUCAUCACCCUCACAAUCUCCCCGACUCAACUCUGGUAGCGGAUUCUCGACAUUUCCCAACCAGUACGGUAUCCAGAGUCCUUAUAGUUCACCAGGAAGUCCUCUCUACCGUGAUUCGACACCCGUGAGCAACUGGCCGUCAUUAUCGCAACCAACAUCGCCUGUGAUCACCUCGAGCUCGACGAUCCUGUCGACGGCGGUGGUGGCGUCUUUGGUUCAGCAGUACGAUGAUGAGAUCAAGGAAGACGGGUCAGAGGCACCUUCAGAAACUCAAGCGGCCAGGACGAUAUUGCUGCUGGCUUCCAGUCCUACCAGAUCCCCAUCCAGGACAUUGGACCAGGGGUACCUUAACAGACAGGCUGCUGCUGCUGCAACUCUAGCCGCAGUGAGGAGCCCAUCUGCUUCGCCGUUGUUAAAGCAUGCAGAGUUGACGGCAUCACUGAGCUCCUUGCCCGGUUUGACGAGCAGCAUCACCUCGUAUUCACCCAUGACCUCGUCUCCAUUGGUGCAGUUCCAGACCACCGCGGCAUCGACACCAUCUCCCGACAGAUCACCCACACUUGCAGACGACAGCCCGUUCUUGGUCAAGCGAAAACAAGGAUCAAGCAGCCCACUGAGCGCCUCGGCGACCAAGCAUGAACAGACAUUUCCUUCGCCAUUGUCGAGUUCAUCCCUCCCCAUCCUUGCAUCUUCGCCAUCUGUCCCUCAGGAAACAACUGUUCGAUCCAUAACUCCACCUCCAGCCAAGGACAAUGUUGCUGACUCUUUAGCACCUGGAGAGAUCUCGUCGGCGUCACCUCCUCGAUCCUCUAUAACCACCAGAUCGUCGAAGUCUGUUGUUCCUCCUCGCACCCCGUCGCCGCGGAGACGAACACAGGCCGACGCGACUCUUGGAGUGAGGACUCCGCCACCCAGUGAAGGCAAGGAAGAGAUGUCUUUGCGACACUAUAACAACAUUGCUACAGCAACAGCAGCAGCGGCACCGGCAAGUGGAGGUUCAAUUGCACAAUCGAUUGCGGCGAGGAGACGCAACAGUGGACUGACGGGUGGAUCUGGUAUGGACAUGGUGUUUCCCACAUCUGAAGGCAGUUCGAAGAAGUGA